AUGAAGCAGCAGAUGGACAAUCGAUUCAUCAAUAGGCCGGUAUCUCCUACUCGGACGUUGUUCACCGAUGCGACGGGGGAGAAUCGUGGAUAUGCACCAACUGCUGGUGAUACCACAAUUACUGGGCCAGAAACCGGAGUAAUUACAAGCUCAGGGGCCGGAUCGGCCACUUUAAGGCCACUUGUGAUUCCGACCGCGCCGCCCACCAGCAUAUUGGGCGUCUUUCUAGGGCAGCAUGAGUUGGCCGAUCUGAACGCGAAACGUCUCCGACAUAUGGUCACAAUGAUGGCCUUUCUAGGUGAGAUCACUUGGACGUCUCUUUUCACAGUGCGGGAUUUUCAAGAAGACGCUUCGAUACGCAAAAAAAACUUUACAGGCCCACCAUCUUGUCUGGGUUGGGUCAAAUAUACUGAUAUUGUGGCAUGA